GACGAAUCUAGCUGGUACAUCGGAGAUUUCUUUCCAAGCCUUCGGGGCAUGUACGAAGCUGUGCAUCAAGCACAAGCACAGUCCAAGUCCUUCUUGGGGAAGUGGAGCUAUGCUGUUCCAUUUGUAUUCUUUGUGGGGUUCGUCAUCAUCGAGGUUGUGGUUCUGAAACUCUCUGGUCACUGGGACGCUGUGGCAGCAGAGCUUGUGGUUUGCCUCGCCGGACUUCUCGCGCUGAUUUUCAUUUUUGGCGCAUUCUUCUUGGCCCUCUUUAACAGGUUGGAAAACCUUUUCCGUGACCUGACCCUGAUGCACCUAUGGACUCGUGAGAGUGAGGCACACGAGCCUCGGAAUCAGAGGAUGAAAGGCAUUGAACGGCCAUGCGGAAGUUGGGAAAAGUGUUAAAAACCUGCCUCGCCAAGAACAAGGGCCUCCCGACCGGAAAAGUUUACUUUUUCUCGCAUCGAUGACCUCAGCGACCUGGGCGGGCCUUGAUUAGUAAUCCCUAUGGUUCCUCAUGCCAUCGCAUGCCCUGGCGCGGGCCAGCGCAUUUGGAGUGUCAGGACAGAUCAUGCAUGUCGGGUCGCGCCAGGAUCCAAGCCCCAAGCCCCAGUGAAUUUGGCCUUGAUUCCAGUUGCGUUCCGAAAGCUGUUGGGCCCCGACUUAAGCCAGCUGCCUGGUGCUGCCUGCUUGAUUCAGGAUGUGGAGAACAAACAUUUUCAAAUAUCGUUGCAGCUCCAGAAUCGAUCAGAGAUCACUGAGCGCAUGAAACAUUACUACCCGCUGGCCCUUGUGAUUUUGCUCAUUGCCAUUGAGGUUGUUUUUCUGGAAGCGAAUGGAUACAUGCAUUUAGUUAGGGAGAAGCUCGCAAAGUAUGCUUUUUUUUGGUGCCACCUUCUUGGCCUUCUCGACGUGCUUAUUUUUCGCCGCAUUCAUGCGGAUUGAGGGCCUUUGGGAUGACUUACGUGAGAUUGGAGAGCAGAGUCUGAAGGAAGUCGAGCAGCUGGUAGCCAAAAUGCAGAAGAAGUUGAAGGCCAAUCUUGCAGAAUGCAAAAAGGGAUGCCGCGAAUCCGCCUGUUUCUGACGGCGGCCUCCGCGCAAUCCGGUGCUUCGAAGAUCGGAGCAGCCCACGAGAUGGCAGCCAUUUGAGCACUACCUCAUGAGCUCUUGGGCUUUGUUGGUUUCAUCAUAGUUUCAUCCAUAAUUGGCCAAGGCAAAGGUUCCUUAGCCGCAAAUAAGCCAGCCCAAGAUAUGCAUGUGGCCAUACAAGAGCCAGCCCCUCGCCGAAAA